GCUAUCAGAGCAGUCCUGUCUAAAAUUGCAGAAGAUGGUUAUGAGCGGGUCAUAGCUUCUGCUAGUCAGCGGCUGGAUUAAAGGGAAACGGGAUAUUCUACAACAUGCCGGGAGAUGCCGGCUGUAGUGAAAUUGUUGCGGCAUUUUUGCCACUACGUCAUAGGAUGCACUUUUCGUACAUUCAUAGACCAUCAUGCAUUCCAGUGGCUUCGUUCGUUUCUCGAGCCAGAAGGUCAAAUGGAGCGACGGCAGGAGCGUUUGAAGAUUUCUGCUUUACGUGUGAGUACCGACCUGAAAGCCGACGUACAAACACUGAUUCUCUAUAUAUCUUAUUCCCCUGUUCUUAGAAACAAACUAGACCUAUUUCCAUUGUCAUAUAGAAGAACCAGAUGUCGAGUUGAUGCACCAAUCGUUUGGUGACAAUUUGACCUUCAAGUGCUCAGUAACCUCCAUCAAUGGACGAUGCAACUGGUAGUAGUGCAUGUGCUAUCGCCAUUUGUUAUCGAUUGCUUUCACUGUUGAAUUCGAGUGCAUCCUAUUCGCUUACAAGAUCAUUUGCUAACCUUCCAUAUCAUUCCUUUUCUACCAGAUUUACUCUCUACUCUGCUCACUUUUUCAACUCAACAUACUUUCAGCAUAGACUCGAAGCGCUGCACAAAUGCUUACUGCCUGCAGAGAGGUUUAUUUAUCUCUAAAACACUCAUUCAUAAGCUGGAAUUUAAGAAAUGGUAUUGUUAACGAGACUUCUCUACCUGAUGUUGUGAUUGAUUCAGAAUUUGGCAGACGAGUUCCUACUAUCUCACUCUUGACGGUUUCUUCGAAGGGUUCAUACCUGUCUGCUGCAGAUAACCUAAAGCGGCUGUUUGUUUAUGUUAAUGAAAAUGACCACUGGUUAUUGGUUUCACAAUUGAAGCUGCGCAAACAGGUAUCGUGUCUUUUUUUUUCUCCAAGUGAAAAAGCACUACUUAUUGGAGACAAGUCCGGAGAUGUUUUCAAACUCACUCUGUGUCCGGAGAAGCCCAUUCACGAUACAGAUUUGACUCUUCUUUGCGGACAUUUCUCAAUACUUAGUCACAUGGCUAUUUCGGAGGAUGAAAUGUACUUGGCGUCUUGUGAUCGUGAUGAAAAGAUACGGAUUAGUCGAUUUUCUGAACCCUAUGUUAUCCAAUCAUUUUGUCUUGGUCAUAAAUCGUUCGUUUCUCAGCUUGGAUUUAUUCCCGACACUCGAUAUUUAAUCUCAACAGGAGGAGAUGGAUAUAUAAGUAUUUGGAAUUGUGAGUCGGGUCACUGUCUGUCAUCGUAUUAUGUUUCAAAAAGUGAACUCCAAUCUCUCUCAGUUUCUACGGAUUCGCAGUUCAAUUUUAAGUCGGAAGCUGUUGUUUCUAGGUUUUAUUUUAUCAAAGAUGUUGUCGUUUGUUGUUUUUUAUCCAACCCAGUACUGAUGGCGUUUCAUAUUCAUAUAAAUGAAGAUGAAGUUGUCUCUUGGGGAUCGAAAGCUUUUACUUCCACAGAGGAUAAAAUGCCAUUUACGGAUAUAGCUCUAUGUUCAAAUGAUAAUCGUAUUAUUGGACUGUGUUCUACUGUGACUAGUGUUUGUCUCUACUCUUGGAAAUUGAUUAUUCAAUACAAUACUUGCCAACCAUCUUGCUCUGUCAAAUGGGAUGUUCCUCAAAUUGUUGAUUGUAUAUCAAACAGCUUUCUUCUACAAGUUCCAGCCCGCUUGACAUGAAUAAUAAUAAAUGUACACUGAGGUGGUCCGAAGCACCAAUUUAUCCUUGACAUUUCUGUGAUUGGGUUUUUGCUGAAGAAAAUAGUUCAGAGCUCUGCUGAAUAAAACGUUUUUCUCAAGGACAUUUAUAAUUUGUUUAAUAUCUUGGCUGUUGUAUCUUCCUUGACUUCAGUGUUCAAGAAUAAAACUGAUUUUUAUUAAAAAAGAUCAACUGUACUUCAGUUAACUUUCUCCAGGUGUACUACUGUUUUUGAAAAACUACUCAAGAUUAUGAUGUUAAUAAAUACUCAAUUGUUUAAUACAAAAGAUUGAGCAUCAAAAAAGAAACAUCAGUAUUCUCGAAAUAAUCAAGUUGAGUGUUUAAAAACGCUAUUCCUUCUCAAAGCACUUAAUGUUUCGUAUCGUAAAUAAAUCAUUUACCAGCUAAUCAAAUAUAUUCAAACUCAGAAGUGAUCAUUUGUUGUAUUAUUUUAUGUACUAUAUGGGUUCAUACUCCAUAAGUUACUUUGAAUUGAAAGUAUAACUUUCAGGGUUGAAACGAUAACUGCUAUUCAGGAUUUUCUGUUUACAAAUACCUGUUUGAAUAUGUUUAAGCUUUAUUUAUUUAUUUAAACAGAAACAUUGGUACAAGGAGGCGCCAAAUAAAUUAUUCGAUUUGUGUGAGGGCUGGGGUGCUACUGCCCGGGUACCCAAACAAAAGCAGGUGGUACCCAUAUGGGGCCACACCCCGAGCGUUUGACCUGAGGGUCCAAUCCACAAGGUAGUGGAGCAACGUCGGUAGGUGCCGACCCUUGGUAGCCGGUGAUUGACAUUUGGUUCAUACACCAUUUGUUUCCUCAGGAUACUGGAACUCAUGUGCACCAUUUGUUUGGAAUGAGGGUUCUCCAACUCCCCUAGAUGCGCUCUCCGUGUCCACCAAUCCGUUUAGAGUGCCGGGAAUUUGCUUGUCGUCCCCUCAAUCUCGUAAAAAAACACCUCUGGUAGGAGAAGGCAGUGAGUAGGACUUCCCUGGCAAUGGCUGUAUACGCGUGGUCAUGUGAGAGCAUUAGGAGAGGAAGAGCUGACUUUCCCCACGCUUGGCCGUACCAGGGCUUUUUAUAGUUUUACUGUAAAUUCUUCAUCUGUCUAAAUAAACUAUCAUAUUAUUACAUCAUGUGCGUAAGUAUUGUUAUGUAAGAAAAAAAACAGGUAAAUGUAUAGUCGAAAACUGAAACAGCAUAAACAGACAAAGUGAGUUAGUUUACAUUUAUGUCCUACUUACAAAUAUUUGCAAGUAGCAUUGGAUUUAAUCUUUUAUUUGUUAAACUUAUUCUAUUAGAACAAAUGUAAAGAAAAACUGUGUGUGUGUGGUUAACCUAAUGCCAAAUAAACGAUAGUAUUAUCUUCAUUCAAAUUGGAUUUUCCAAAGAUUCAUUCUGUAGACGAAUAAUUUAUUGUUCCUAAAUAAAAUAGUUGCCCUUUUUCUUUCACAUUAAUGUGUUUAAUUGUGGUAUUUGUACGAACUAAUGAUUCUUUUAAUUACUUGAUUCCAUUUGAUUACAAAUUCCUUAUAUAAUACAUUGGUUUGUGCCCUUAUCUAGUUCUACCUGCCUUAACUUGCACCAUUUCGGGAAUUCUUAGUUAGUACAUAAUCAUAUUGUUGCAAGUACAAUCAAUUUUAUAUGGGAUAGAAUAAGUAGCUAUUGUAAUUAUGUACUUUUAACUAAACAUUAGAUUAAAUGAACAGUAGUAAACAUGUUCAGUUAUUCAAAUGAAUGAAAAAGAAUACUAUUGAAUAGUUUAAUAGG